AUGAGAGUAAUAAAGGAUUAUUAUUAUUAUGUAACGAUUGAAAGAACUGUAACUGACAACGCAAUAAUUUUUUAUUAUCACCAUCACCAUUAUAAUUAUUUUUAUUAUAACUUGAGUGCUUUUGCUGAGAUGCAGACUCGGACUCAGGCACCUAGCCCGCUUGAGCAAUUUUCCAUUCUCCCAUUGAUUCCUAUGAAUAUAGGAAACUUGUAUUUCUCAUUCACAAAUUCAUCUUUGUUUAUGCUGCUAACUCUCAGUUUGGUCCUACUUCUGAUUCAUUUUGUUACUAAAAAAGGAGGAGGAAACUUAGUACCAAAUGCUUGGCAAUCCUUGGUAGAGCCUAUUUAUGAUUUCGUGCUGAACCUGGUAAACGAACAAAUAGGGGGUCUUUCAGGAAAUGUUAAACAAAAGUUUUUCCCUUGCAUCUUGGUCACUUUUACUUUUUUGUUAUUUUGUAAUCUUCAGGGUGUGAUACCUUAUAGCUUCACAGUUACAAGUCAUUUUCUCAUUACUUUAGGUCUCUCAUUUUCUAUUUUUAUUGGCAUUACUAUAGUGGGAUUUCAAAGAAACGGGCUUCAUUUUUUAAGCUUCUUAUUACCCGCUGGAGUCCCACUACCAUUAGCACCUUUUUUAGUACUCCUUGAGCUAAUUUCUUAUUGUUUUCGCGCAUUAAGCUUAGGAAUACGUUUAUUUGCUAAUAUGAUGGCCGGUCAUAGUUUAGUAAAGAUUUUAAGUGGGUUCGCUUGGACUAUGCUAUGUAUGAAUGAUCUUUUGUAUUUUAUAGGGGAUCUUGGUCCUUUAUUUAUAGUUCUUGCAUUAACCGGUCUGGAAUUAGGUGUAGCUAUAUUACAAGCUUAUGUUUUUACGAUCUUAAUCUGUAUUUACUUGAAUGAUGCUAUAAAUCUCCAUUAAAGUGGUUAUUUAUUUAUAAUUGAACAAAAGCGAGUCUGAAUGGGUAUACCUAGUCAUGGAGCAUUCCGAGUAUUUGCUUUAGGGAUCGUUCCUGCGCAUCUGCUUCCUUUAUAGCAGUUAUUGCUCUGGUUCCAGAAGGUAUAGCUCUUGCCUCGGCUUCGCCUUGGAAAUCAGAGACUGUUCCAAUUUCCUACUGAGAUAGGCAAGCGGAGGAAGAACUAGACGUAUCUUGCUAGGCAAGACAACUUAGAAUGGAUAGCUUCGCUAGGUGCCGCGCUAUCUGCUGCUGCUGGGUUGAGGAAAGACUCAUCUCAUUUUUCGUCUGAUCGUCUGCGUCUUGUGCCUAGCUUCCUACGAGCGGAGGAAAAGAAAAGCCUUUUUUCAAGUAAGUCAGGGAAGGAAGAAACUUCACUGCUCGGUAAUGGUGACCGAAGUUAUGAUCGGCAAUCUGG